AUGAGAUUUGAGAUAGAUAGAUAUAAAUCUUAUUUUCUAAUAGAAAAACUAUUGAGAUCAUGUGGAGAUAUCGACACUAUAUACGUGCUGGUGAGGGCUAAGAAAGGCAAAGAUCCCACCACAAGGAUUCAUGACAUGCUCGAUGAGUUUGUAUUUCAAAGGGCUCAUGAGGAAAAUCCAAAAGGCAUACACAAAGUGAUACCUAUAGUAGGGGACAUGGAACUGCCCGGCAUUGGUCUUAGUAAUGAAGAUAGAAAAUUGCUAAUUUCUAGGGUAACAAUAAUAAUAAACUCAGCGGCUACGGUGAAGUUCGACGAGAAACUGUCCACCGCAACAGGAAUUAACGUCAGAGGAACCAAGGAAGUGAUAAAACUUGCGAAGGAAUGUAAAAAUUUGAAAGCCAUAACGCACGUGUCGACCGCCUUCUCUAACACUCAUGUGGAAAAUGUUGAGGAAAAAUUUUACGACCCCCCAAUGUCUGUAGAUGCGCUAGAAGCUAUUUCGCAACUGGACGACGACUUGAUUGAAUCCAUCUUGCCUGCACUUUUAGGCAAACGUCCAAACACAUACUGUUUUACCAAAGCAAUAGCAGAAGAAGCUGUUAGGAAGUAUGGAGAAGGAUUGCCUAUAUGCAUAUUUAGGCCUUCUAUAAUUAUAUCUACCUAUGAAGAGCCAGUGCGAGGAUGGACAGAUAGUGUGUACGGUCCCACGGGAUUGGUGGUUGGGAUUGGUACUGGAGUAUUACGAACUAUGUAUAUGGAUUUAAACAAAAUGGCGGACAUGGUGCCUGUUGAUUUGACAGUGAACGCUAUCAUUACAUCCGCUUAUCACACCGCGAAACAUUUCAGAGAAAAUCAAACUUCACAUAUUCCUAUCUACAACUUCGUGUCGGGAGCCCAAAACCCCAUAACGUGGGGGAAGUUCAUAGAAUACAACAUGAAAUAUGGCCUCCAUAAUCCCACCAUGAAGGCUGUAUGGUACUACGGAUUAAAUCCAACAAAUAACUACUAUUUGUUCUUAUUUUACGAUUUCUUCCUACAUUUCAUGCCGGCCCUUCUCAUUGACUUAUUCUGUACAUUAAUUGGGAAGAGACGAGCAAUGUUAAAAUUCUAUGCGAAAGUAACAAAAUUGGCGAAAAUUCUGUUCUAUUUCUCCACACAAGAUUGGAAAUUUAGUGAUAACGGAGUAAGAGAAAUGUGGAAGUCCUUGUCAGCACAAGACCAGGCUGUGUUCCCGUUCAGUAUGGCAGAGAUGUCCUGGGAUUAUAUGGCGGAGACUUUCUUGUUAGGUCUUAGAGUGUACUUGGUUAAGGACGACUUAUCUACAAUGCCUGAAGCAAGGAAAAAAUGGAAUAGGUUAUACUGUCUCCAUCAGUUCGUGAAAAUCACAACAUUUAGCAUCGUUAUUUAUUUAGGAUAUUUAUUAAUUAAAAGCUUAGUCAUGUUAGUAUUUGGU